GUCUUCUCUCUGGUUAUGCAAGUUUUAUCUGAAUAUAUCCAAAUUUUCUUCAUUCUAACCUGAACUGUCUCUAGCAUGAGCGGGAAAGGUUAUACUAAUUUCGAAUAGCACACGCAAGUGCAGGUGGUGUAAGUUUUCUUCUCAUUACGCCUUUGAAAAAAUUAAUUUAACGUAUUAAAGAUAUCGUAACAGGUAAAAUCACUCGAUAAAAUGAGUAAAAGGUUAAAACUGGGUGUUCUCUCAACACCGAGAACUUUACGUUCUGGAAAAACCUUCGUUACCGCGGACUCCUCGGAAAAGACGUCGCCUUUCUUUGCCGAAGAGAAAAAAUCAACAAUAAAGACCGGUACAAAGAAACGUGCACCGGUUAAAGUUAAGUACGAGGCGCCAGAGGAGAAAGCAAACAUUAAAAAUAUUAAUGUAAAAUCAAUUGUUGAGAUAAAAAGCCAGAAUGUAGAGGAAUUAGACGUAAAAAGUAUAAAAACCGAAGAAUGUCAGAUGAAGGAUAAGAAUGCAAAACAACCAGUCAAUUCAAAAAAGGUCAAGGAGGAGGAACGGUGGAUGCCACCAAAUUGGGAAACAAUUUUAGAAAACAUUAAAGAGAUGAGGAAGUAUGAGACAGCUCCAGUUGAUGAAAUGGGUUGUCACAAAUGUACAGAUCCUGAUGCCAGUCCAUCAGUAUCCAGAUAUCAAUCAUUAAUAGCACUGAUGUUAAGUAGUCAAACAAAGGACCAAGUUACACAUGCUGCUAUGCAGCGUCUGAAUAAACAUGGUUGUAGACCAGAUAUAAUAGCAGAAACUCAUGAUGAUGUUUUGGGUAAACUUAUAUAUCCUGUUGGAUUUUGGAAGAGGAAGGUGGAAUACAUAAAAAAGACAUCAGUUAUUCUUCUAAAUAAAUAUGGCGGUGAUAUUCCAAAAACAAUAAAAGAAUUGUGCGAGCUGCCAGGAGUAGGCCCUAAGAUGAGUCAUAUAUGCAUGCAGAUUGCAUGGGGAGAAGUAUCCGGUAUCGGUGUAGAUACACAUGUUCACAGAAUUUGUAACAGAUUAGAAUGGGUAAGAAAACCAACUAAAACACCAGAAGAAACAAGAAACGAGCUAGAAGAUUGGCUUCCUAAGCCCCUAUGGAGUAAAGUGAAUCACCUUCUUGUAGGAUUUGGUCAAGAAAUUUGCUUACCUCGAUUUCCUAAAUGUUCUGAGUGCCUCAACAAGAAUAUUUGUCCAUAUGCCUCAAAAAAUAGUGGGAAGAUGAAGAAGUGAUACAUGCCAUAUUUAUAUACAUAUAUAUAUAUAUAUAUAUAUAAUAAAAAUUUAUUACAAA